AUGUCGCUGGCACCUCAGCGCCGAAUUCUCGUGACGGGAGCAAACAAGGGCAUUGGCCUUGCCAUUGUCAGAAAGUUGCUGGCAGAUGCCAGUGACACCUUCGUUUUUCUUGGAUCGCGUGACAGAGCCCGUGGGGAAGAUGCUGUUCGGAGUCUGAUCGGCAGCCACCCAGAGUGGAGGGAGCGAGUGGAGCUCCUUCUGAUAGAUCCCACGAGUGAGACGUCGGUCGCUGCGGCACAGCAUAGAUUUGAGGCUAGUAGAAUUGAGCUUUAUGGCAUCGUGAACAAUGCGGGCUGUUUCAUGAAUUUCUCGGAGAUGCUGAAGCUCCACCUCUAUGGUACCAAGAGGGUCAAUGACGCCUUCGUCCCCCUUCUGACUCCCAUUGGAGGACGUAUUGUGAACAUCUCCUCUGGGGGGGGCCCGACGUGUGUAGCCAAGUGCCGCGAUGACCGGAAGGCGCUGCUGAGCAGUUCCACCCUUCUCUGGGAGCAGAUCGACGAGCUUGCGCAAGAGGUGGAGGCUAUCCGGCGAGGCUUGCCGGCGGAUGCGGACGACACGGCUGUGGCUCGGGCCACGGGAAUCUCCUGGGGUUUGGAUGGCUAUGGCUUCUCCAAGGCUCUGCUAAACUCCUAUACCUCGUGGCUGCAGAGGCGACAUCCGAGCCUUAUCGUCAGCUGCUGCAACCCGGGCUUUAUCGAGACCGACCUCUCCCGGCCCCACGCGGAGCAGAUGGGAAAGACGCCGGCAGAGAUGGGGAUGCUCCCUGUUGAGCAAGGCGCCGCAGUGCCCUGCAAGCUGGUUUUGGAGGACUUGAGCGAGAGGGGGCUGUACUACGGCAGUGACGGCAAAGCUUGCGGCCUGGCCGAGGGGGAUCCCCAGGAUUUCGAAUCGUGA